GCGCUCUUUCUGAUGGUUUCUCCACUGCUGGUGGCGGUGAUGGCUGGCUUCGCGGAGCUCGGGCUGUCGUCGUGGCUGGUGGAGCAAUGCCGGCAGCUGGGGUUGAAGCAGCCCACGCCGGUGCAGCUCGGCUGCAUUCCUGCCAUCCUGGAGGGUCGCGACUGCCUGGGCUGUGCCAAGACGGGCAGCGGUAAGACGGCAGCGUUUGUGCUGCCUAUCCUGCAGAAGCUGUCUGAGGAUCCAUAUGGCAUCUUCUGCCUUGUCCUGACGCCCACUAGGGAGCUGGCCUAUCAGAUCGCAGAACAGUUCCGAGUCCUGGGGAAGCCGCUGGGCCUGAAGGACUGCAUCAUUGUUGGUGGCAUGGACAUGGUGACCCAGGCGCUGGAGCUCUCCCGGAAGCCACACGUGGUCAUUGCCACACCAGGGCGCCUGGCUGAUCACUUACGCAGCUCCAACACCUUUAACAUAAAGAAGAUCUGUUUCCUGGUGAUGGACGAGGCAGACCGGCUGCUGGAGCAGGGCUGCACGGACUUCACAGUGGACCUCGAGACCAUCCUGGGCGCUGUGCCCACCCGCAGGCAGACGCUGCUCUUCAGUGCCACACUGACCGACACACUCAAGGAGCUACAGGGCCUGGCCACCAAUCAGCCGUUCUUCUGGGAGGCACAGGCCCCGGUGCGCACGGUGGAGCAGCUGGACCAGCGCUAUGUGCUGGUGCCGGAGAAGGUGAAGGAUGCAUACCUGGUGCACCUUGUCCAGCGCUUCCAGGAUGAGCAUGAGGACUGGGCCAUCAUCAUCUUCACCAACACCUGCAAGACCUGCCAGGUCCUGUGCAUGAUGCUGCGCAAGUUCAACUUCCCAGCUGUGGCCCUGCACUCCAUGAUGAAGCAGAAAGAACGCUUUGCUGCUCUGGCCAAGUUCAAGUCCAGCAUCUACCGGAUCCUCAUUGCAACAGACGUGGCCUCCCGGGGCCUGGACAUCCCUACUGUGCAGGUGAUCCUCAACCACAACACCCCAGGGCUGCCCAAGAUCUACAUCCACCGUGUGGGCCGCACGGCUCGUGCAGGGCGGCAAGGACAGGCCAUCACGCUGGUGACACAAUAUGACAUCCACCUGGUACAUGCCAUCGAGGAGCAGAUCCACAAGCAGCUGGAGGAGCUGGUGGUGGAGGAGACCCAGGUGUUGCAGAUCCUCACACAAGUAAACGUAGUGCGGCGUGAGUGUGAGAUUAAGCUGGAGGCCACACACUUUGAGGAGAAGAAGGAGAUCAACAAGCGCAAGCAGCUCAUCCUGGAGGGGAAGGACCCAGACCUGGAGGCCAAGCGCAAGGCAGAGCUGGCCAGGAUCAAGCAGAAGCAGAAGAACCGGCGAUGCAAGAAGGUCGGCCGGACGCUGGGGCAGCAACAGGUGCCCCCUGCUUCUGCCAAGGGCCAUGCCUGAGUAUUGCCAACCCCACCGACCUGGCCGAGGCCAGGCCCCUAUCAGGACCAGCGCCCUCAGCCCUGCCGUCCCCAUGGCCUGGCAGCAUCCUACAGCAUCUCCUUGCAC